ACCGAUGGAUUUUAGUGCAAGGUAGAUGUAGCAAUCGCACAGUUUACGCAUACAUCUGAUCAAAAUACUUCAGUUUGCUAACAGGUUUUAUUUUUCGUGAAAUUUUAUAAAAUCUGUGAUAUUGGUUUAGCUGAACCACAAUCAAAAGCAAAUACAAAUAGUAAAUAGCGUUUCUAUUUAAAAAUCGACCUUUUUGCAAUAAUAAAAGGUACUACGUUUUUGCAAACAAGAAAAAAAAACAAUGUAAUUCAAAUUCAAUACAACAACAAAAUUCCAAAUUAUUUUCAAGAUAAACAAUUCGGUGAUUUUGAAGCAUUUCAAAACCAAGUUCAAUUGACAGUCAUCGAAACGAUUACAUACACGAAUAUAUAAUAUCUACCGAUAAAUUUCGUAAACGUUGCACACGUAAAUAAAUUUACACAAAUGCAAAACAGGCAAUCACCAUAAUAAAGUGAGACAUUCAAACAUAUGUGAACGAUAUGAGUGUAAAUACAAACAAGUAAAUACAAAUCAAAAACCAAUAAAGUCUAGAACCAUCAAAAACAACAAAUAACCAAGACAUUUGAAAAUUUACGCAACAUAUUUUUCUUUUGUCGAUGGUCAUAUGGUGCAGAUGUUUAUGUGAAAGUGAUACAUAUAAAUAUUCAUCGAAAAGGAGAAACGCAUUCGAGUGAGUGUCGUGUGGAAGGUGGAAAUGAUGAAAUAAAAUGCUUGAUAACGUGUCCAUUUCAACACGAAAAUGACGGAAUCACGAUAUAAACAAAUACCAAUCAAUCAAAACGUGCACACAGAUCAAGAAGAUGACGGAGAAGAUGAAGAAGACCUUACUGACACUUUAGAUGAUGACACAGUAACCAUUAUACCUACAAACGAUUCAGACGAAUUUAAUUUUCCAAAAAAAAUCAACGAAAAUAAUAACAUGCAAACACCCACAGGCAUUUUAACGCUGUUAUUGAUAUAUUUCAUCUUAUCAAUUGGGCUUACGUUCUACCAAAGGAAUUUAUUGAAGGGUUUUCACUUUCCGUUCACUGUUGUUCUAUACCAUUUAUUAUUGAAGCUAGUCAUGGCGGGACUGAUAAGAUAUCUGUAUAAGUCUAUUACUGGAAAGUCUCGCGUGCAUAUCGAUUGGAAAAAGUCAUUCAAAAAAUUGGCACCAACAGGUGUGGCGGCCGGAAUAGAUAUUGGUUUCUCAAAUUGGGGUCUUGAGCUUGUAACAAUAUCACUAUAUACAAUGACCAAAUCAACGUCUAUUAUUUUCAUUUUAUUCUUUGCCAUUCUUUUUGGUCUCGAGAAAAAGAGUUGGCUGUUAAUGGUGACAGUUGUACUCAUUUCUACCGGUCUAUGCAUGUUUACUUAUAAAUCAACACAAUUCAAUACGCUUGGAUUCUUUUUUCUCAUUUUUGCAUCAAUGAUUAGCGGCAUCCGAUGGACGUUUGCACAGCUUAUAAUGCAAAAAUCAAACCUUGGAUUGCAUAAUCCAAUUGAUAUGAUAUAUUUUAUGCAGCCAUGGAUGAUUCUACCAAUAUUACCGUUAAUCAUUGGAUUUGAAGGCGAGGCUCUAUUGAAACUGGCCAAUGGUUCAGCCGAAACGGGGUCGCCCGUUAUGAUUUUAUUGGCACUUAAAGUAACAUGUGGUGCAUUUAUUGCAUUCGCUAUGGAAGUUAGCGAAUUUCUUUUACUAUCAUACACUUCGAGCUUAACGCUUUCAAUUUCUGGCAUUUUUAAGGAAAUUUUCCAAUUAGCGUUGGCCGUUGUAUUCUAUGGUGAUCAAAUCUCAACCGUAAAUAUGUUUGGAUUGGUGAUGUGCUUAAGUGGAAUAACAUGUCACAUAAUUCAUAAAUUCUUCACCACAACAAUUGUUAAAAAAAGUCCAUUAAUUUCGGUUGAUGGUGUGGCUUCAAAAUCAUGUGAACAACAACUUCAAGUAAACUAUGUGAACGGCAAUGUUAUUAAGCAAAAUGUAAAAUUAAACUAUUAUUCCAAUCAAAAUACACCGUUGCUGGACAGCGACGACAAUGAACUUUCCGGUUCCGAUGACUCACAAAAUACACAACAGAAUGCUUCAGAAGUGCUUUUUGACAUUUUAAAGCGUCGUGAUAUGCGUAGAUGAAUUAUAUUGAUGCAGAGGCAAUGCCUUACAUCAAUAAUUUCUAGGGGAACCAAUUACAUGGCGACCGAAGUGAUAAUUAAUCGAAAUUGCCGUGUUUUUUUUCUUUUUGGUUAGAUUAAGCAUAAAAAAAAUUGGUGUCCACUUAAAAAUUCCAAAUUUGACGACAAUUUCACAGAUUUUGAAGUCUGACUACUAUCGUGUAUAUAAUUCUAUUGAUAGGCAUUGGAACUCGCAUUGGAAUCUUCAAUAUUUCUAUAUACACUGUAGUUUUUGCUAAUACACUAAUUUUAAAAAUAAAAUAUUUUCAACUUUUUGAAUAACAUUUUUUAUCACUUCAGACGUUAAAACUGUCUAUCAGUUACGCAUUUAUAUUUUUUUCGGUUGAAAACAUUAUAGAUAUAUGUAUUUUGACAAAUGUCUACGUUAGGAAAUUUUUCGAUGUAAAAAUAAUCAACCAAAGUGAUUUAACCAAACUCUAGAAGAAUGUUUUACUUCUUAGAGGAUGAUAACUUUUUUUUUUUUUUGAAAUGAAACUAAUUCCAUUUUGUUUGUAAAAGAGCAGUUUAUGAAUUAUUCAGACAAAGCAUUUAACCAACACAAAAAAUCAGUAAAUUUCCUCUUAAUUUUUUUUAUUAAUUCAAGCAUUGUUUUGUUGCCAGAAAUAUCGAACAUUGAAAUUGUAUGGAAGUCCACGAAAAAUUGAGUUGGUCGCAUUGAAUGUGAAUUGAUUUAAAUAUAAAACUUGCAAAUCGAAUCGAAAAAUUUCGUGUUGAGAAAGAGCGAAGUUUCUUCCAUUUGACAUCUUGAUUCGAGAAUCUUCACUGUGAUGAUUAGUAUGUUUGUUAAAAUAUUUAGUAUGUUCCAAAUGAAAACAUAUUUUGUACAGUUCUCCGAUAAUGAAUAUUGUGAACUUUUUAUAAGUACUUCUACUUAACAUCACGAUAAAAGCAUCAUCGCUUACAUUUUUUUAAAAAUAAAUGCUUAAGUUCUCUUAAAA